AUGAGCGAAGCACCCAGCGGCGCACGCCCGGGCGUCCCGGCCCUCACAACCAACGGCCUCCCCGCGCUGACGGACGAUGCCGCCUCGGCGACGGCGUCGCCCGCGCGCGGCAAAGAGAUGAAGAACACGCUGCUGCACAAGCUGCGCCCGCCGUCGCUGACCCACGUCUGGGACUUCUGGCACGACCGGCAAGACCGGGUGCCGAAGCCGGCGGGUGCGGGCUGCGAGCAACAGCCGCAGGCGGGCGAGGACGAAUCGAGCAAUUACGAGGACCGCCUUGUGCUCUUGCACAGCAUUACCGACGUCAGCCAGUUCUGGAAGGUCCACAACAACUUUGACCUCGCGAAGCUGAAGCUGCGCGACACCAUCCACCUCUUCCAUCACAGCGUGAAGCCCGUCUGGGAAGAUCCGCGCAACGUCAAGGGCGGCGCGUGGACGUUCCGUGUCCCGAAGGAUAAGGCGGCGUGGUUCUGGCGCGAGAUCUGUAUGCUGGCGAUUGGUGAGGCGCUGCAGGGUGCGGUCGACAACAGCAACAAGCGUCUGACUUUCAUCGAUGACAUCUGCGGUAUUAGCUACAGUGUCCGCUUCAACAGCAUCCUCAUCACCAUCUGGAACCGCGACUGCGAGAACCAGGAAGGCAUCGAUCGCCUCAAGCAAACGGUGCUCGAGAGCCUGCCCGACGAGCUCCAGCUGCCGGAGCGGUCGUACUACUACAAGAAGCACAGCGAGCACGCUGGCUUCCGCAACCCGUCGUAG